AUGUACCUUGUGCAGGCAGUCAAGGCGGUCGAUGCUGCGCCCCACCUGGACGAUCUGCUGGGGGUCUCCGCCCUCAGGGCGGCGCUGGCGGAGCACGACGCCGCGGGCGGCGUCGCUGCCGGGGCGCCGCGCGCGCUAUUCUCAGACGGCGGCGCGCCCUCAUGUGCACCUGCGUUCGGGCCCGUCAGCUACCUGAUAGCGCCUGUUGCCGCCGCCGCGGCUGCCGCCGCGGCCGGCGCCGGCACAGGCGCGAGCGGGCGGGGGUUGGCCCCAGGCAUCGACUGGCAAGCGCUGCGGCGGCUGGGGGAGGAAGGGGUACGGCCAGCCUCAAACAUCUGGGAAGAUCACGCUGCUGCAGCUGCAGCAAGCGUCCCGUUCGCCAUGGGCGCCGCCCCGCGGCCGCCGCCCUCGCCCGCCGAGGCGCUCGCUGGCCGCGUGCUGUGGACGGGGCACUCUGGCGCGGUCGCAUUCUGGCACACGCCCCUGAGCGGCGGCGGCCCCGCUGCGGCGGCGGCGGCCGUGACGGCGCGCGACCCCUGCAGCUUCCUCCCUGCUGACGUCUCCACCCACGAGAAUUACUUCCUGAAAAAGUACGGGCGGCAGCUGCAGCGCCCGCAGCUGCCGCUGCUGCCUGUGCUGGGGGGCCGGGGCGUGGGGGCCGGCAGGGUGCUGGGGCCGCCCUCGAGCAGGCGGUCGCGGCGGCGCGCACUGCAGCAGGCGGAGGACGAGGAGGAGGGGUUAGCUGCGGGCAACGGCGAGGCGCGAAACCUCGUUGAGGGUCCCGCGGGCGCCGAGCCUGAGGAGCGGGUUGGGGUUGGGGAGGAUGAGGAGGAGGAAGAGGAAGCUGCAGGUGCAGCCGUGGGCGCGCAUGGCGGCUCUCAGCCUGCGGCAUACGACGCGCCGCGGCCGCCGCUGCUGCCGCUGGAGCUGUGCCUCGCGCUGCCGCUGCCGCGCAACGCCUGGCGCGAGCUGAUGGCGCUGCCGGCGGUCGCCUUCCGCCUCCACACGCUGCACCAGCUGCGCGCGGCGCAAGGCGACGGCGCCGCGGCGCCUGUUGGUGACGGCGGCGGCGGCGAGGGCGGCGGUCUCGCAGCGCAGCUGCGGCGGCUGCCCGCGCCGCUGGCUGAUGUGGCGCUGACGGCGGCGCGGGCGGGGGAGGCCUAUGGAGAUCAGGAGCUCCUGGAGUUUGUUGGGGACGCCAUGCUGAAGACCCUGGCGUGCCUUCAUCUUUACAGGGCCUGCCCAGACCACAACGAGGGCCAGCUGUCCGUGGCCAGGGCGCGCCUCGUCCGCAACUACGCACUGGCGGCCGCCUGCACCCAGGCAGGCCUGGCGCCCCAUGUGCGGCUGCGGGCAUUCGAGCCGCGGGACUGGGGACCGCUGGCGCUGGCCGGGCGCGGCGGGACGGUCCAGGUUGACUUCAAGGGCAAGGUGCUGGCAGACACAGCAGAGGCCCUCAUCGGCGCUGCGUACCUGUCGGCCGCCGCGGAGGCCGGCCUGCUGCCCCCAGGGGUUGGCCGUGGCGGCGCGGGCGCGGCUGUGGGGGCCUGCCCCCUGGACCCGCGAGGGCUGGAGCGCGCCGAGCAGAUGUGCAUCGCCCUGGGGGUGCUGCCGCCAGACGCCGCCGGGUGCACGCGCGGCGCCGCAGGCCCCGCGACGCCGCGGCCGCCGCCUAUCGCCGCGCGCGCGCAGGCGGGGCGCGACGUCGCGGGCCGCCCCGCGGUGGCCGCGGUGCUGGGCGGCUAUGUAUUCCGGUGCCCCGAGCUGCUGCUGCAGGCCGUGACUCACGUGUCCAUCCCGGGCGUACCCAGCUACCAGCGGCUGGAGUUUUUGGGGGACGCGCUGCUCGACCUUUUCGUCUCUCUUGACCUGCUGCGCAACGCCAACAGCGGCGGCGGCGCCCCCGCCAGCCCUUACAGCCUGACAGUGCAGCGCUCGCAGGACGUCAGGAACGCGCGCCUCGCGGCGGCCGCCGCUGAGCUGGGACUGCACACGGCGAUCAGAGUGGGCGGCCGCGCGCUGAGGGCGGCGCUUGAGCGGUACGCGGGCGUCGGGGCGGCGGGCGAGGCGGCGGGCGGCGGCGGCGGGCAGCAGGCUGUCGAUUUGAUGGCGGCGGCGGCGGCGGCCCGGCCGAUGGAGCCGUGGGCGGACGACGUGAGCGAGGCGAUCUGGGCGGAGGUCUGGACGAAUCGCGGCGACGGCGGCGCUAGUGGUGGUGAGGGUGCUGAGGAGCCGGGGCUGCAAGGCGAGGGGCGGGACGCAUCUGCCCGGCAGCUGCCGCAGGAGCAGCGGCCGCCCAAGGUGAUGGCCGACGUCGUCGAGGCGCUGAUCGCAGCGGUGUGGCUCGACAGCGGCGGCGACUACGAGGCGGCGUGGCGCGUCGCGGCGCGGGUGCUGGCCGCAGGCGCCGCGCGCGGGUGA